AUGGCCCUUGACAUUGUCUUCUUUGCAAUUACCACAUUGAGGAUGCAAGUCACCUCUUCUAAUACUAUACUUCCCUCUUUGAAUUUCAAGGAAUGGAUGUUGGAAAGGGCUCUUAGUUUAACACCUGACAUUUUUGUGAAGUUGUUAAUGAUCAUCUGGGCCAUAUGGAAAAAUCGUAACAAUUCUCUAUGGAAUGACACUCAACAAUCUGCUCAAGAUAUUCUGUUAAGCAGCUUUACAUGGUUGGAUGAAUUCCAAAAAGCCAGAACCACCAAUCAGCUAUCUCAUGUUAAACAACAACGACAACGAUGGAAACCUGCUGAGAAUGGAGCCUUCAAGCUAAAUGUUGAUCCUGCAUUCCUAUCCGACCAAACCAAGGGUGGCAUUGGAGGAGUUUUACGCAAUUCUUCUGGACAAUUUGUUGCGGCCUUUGCCAUUCCUAUUGCUCACACAGCAUCCCCAAAACAAUGUGAGUUAUACGCUAUCUGUGCUGGCCUUGAUUUACUUGCCUCACUUCAUAUUCAGAAUGCUGUUGUUGAAUCCGAUUGCACUGAGGCAAUAGUGGAAGCCUUGUGCCCUGAUCAUUCCUUGCUAGCAAACGGUGGUCUUAUGGAUGACAUUAAGAGAGCUGCAAGAACUAUUUCUUCGGUCCAAAUCCAGUAUGCACCACGUUCUUGUAAUAUGGUUGCCCAUAGGCUUGCAGGCAAAUUGAGACAAUUCGAGAACAAGCGUUUCUGGAAAGUAGAAUGA